GUUUGACAACCUAGAAAAACAUACGCAGUGGGGAAUUGAUAUUCUUGAAAAAUACAUCAAAUUUGUAAAGGAAAGGACUGAGAUUGAACUCAGCUAUGCAAAGCAACUCAGGAAUCUUUCGAAGAAAUACCAACCGAAAAAGAACUCAAAGGAGGAGGAAGAAUACAAGUACACGGCAUGCAAGGCCUUCCUUUCCACCCUGAACGAGAUGAGCGACUAUGCUGGACAACACGAGGUCAUCUCUGAGAACAUGACAUCCCAGAUCACUGUGGACCUGACCCGCUACGUCCAGGAGCUGAAGCAGGAGAGGAAAUCGAACUUUCACGAUGGGAGGAAGGCACAGCAGCACAUUGAGACCUGCUGGAAGCAACUUGAAUCAAGUAAGAGACGGUUUGAGCGGGACUGUAAGGAGGCGGACCGGGCGCAGCAGUACUUUGAGAAAAUGGACGCUGACAUCAAUGUGACAAAGGCAGAUGUUGAGAAGGCACGGCAGCAGGCUCAAAUCCGGCACCAAAUGGCAGAGGACAGCAAAGCAGAUUACUCGUCCAUCCUGCAGAAAUUCAACCACGAGCAGCACGAGUACUAUCACACCCACAUCCCCAGCAUCUUCCGGAAAAUCCAGGAGAUGGAGGAACGGAGGAUCGUGAGGAUGGGGCAGUCCAUGAAGACGUACGCAGAGGUGGACCGGCAGGUGAUCCCCAUCAUUGGCAAGUGCCUGGAUGAAAUUGUAAAGGCAGCCGAAGCCAUUGAUCAGAAGAACGAUUCCCAGCUGGUGGUAGAGGCUUAUAAAUCAGGAUUUGAGCCUCCUGGUGACAUUGAAUUUGAGGAUUACACUCAGCCCAUGAAGCGCACAGUGUCCAACAACAGCCUUUCCAAUUCCAGAGGGGAAGGCAAACCCGAGCUCAAACUGGCCGGCAAAGCCAAAGGAAAGCUCUGGCCAUUCAUCAAGAAGAACAAGCUCAUGUCCCUUUUAACGUCCCCCCAUCAGCCUCCCCCUCCCCCUCCCCCCCCUGCCUCUGGCUCACCUUCUGCUGUUCCCAACGGCCCCCAGUCUCCCAAGCAGCCAAAGGAACCCCUCUCCCAUCGCUUCAACGAGUUCAUGAUCUCCAAACCCAAAAUCCACUGCUUCAGGAGCCUAAAGCGCGGGCUUUCUCUCAAGCUGGGCUCCACUCCCGAGGACUUCAGCAACCUCCCGCCCGAACAGAGGAGGAAGAAGCUCCAACAGAAAGUCGAUGACCUCAACAAAGAAAUCCACAAGGAGAUGGACCAAAGAGACGCCAUUACCAAGAUGAAGGACGUGUACCUGAAGAACCCGCAGAUGGGGGACCCCGCCAGCCUGGACCACAAGCUCGCCGAGGCCGCGCAGAACAUCGAGAAGCUGCGAUUUGAAGCCCAGAAAUUUGAGGCCUGGCUGGCCGAGGUGGAAGGCAGGCUCCAGGCCCGCGGCGAGCAGGCGCGGCGGCAGAGCGGGAUGUACGACGGCCAGCCGCCCCCGACCGGACACACCUGCGCGCAGGACCGGGAGAGCAGCCCAGAUGGCAGUUACACGGAGGAGCAAAGCCAGGAGAGCCAGGUCAAGGUGCUGGCCACGGACUUCGACGACGAGUUCGAUGACGAGGAGCCGCUCCCCGCCAUCGGGACCUGCAAGGCUCUGUACACGUUUGAAGGCCAGAACGAAGGCACCAUCUCGGUGGCGGAAGGUGAGACGCUGUACGUCAUAGAGGAAGACAGGGGCGACGGCUGGACCCGCAUCCGGAGGGGUGAGGACGAGGAGGGCUACGUCCCCACGUCCUACGUCGAAGUCUGUCUGGACAGAAAUGCCAAAGACUCCUAAAGGUGGCCGUGCUGGAGCCGCAAGCCUGUCCAGGAGCCGCGCGCACUCCACCCGUCCAUCCACUUCCACGCGUCCAUCUGUCCGUCCGUCUGCUUGUCCCUGCAGGCCGCCGGGGCGGGCCGGGCCCCGCCUUGCUCACCGCAGUCCCGGCCACCACCCUGUCUUCCCGGCAUGCUGUCCGCAGGCUCGCUGUCCCUGCCGCACCGGCCCCCGAGCUGCGGCGGCUGCCCGUGCCCGCCCGCGCCCCUCCACAUCUCACACUGUGCCUUCUGUGAACGACGGUGCCCGUGGGGGCCUGGGUGACCCCGUCCGGCACCCACGGGCCCCGGGGCCUGGUUAACAAAUGCGUCCUCUGGGUGGGGGGAGGGGAGGCCUUCCUGGGUUUCCGGCUCCCCUCUGACCCGGCCUGUGGGGCCUGCGGUAGCACGGGGUCCCCCAGCCCGCACCCCAGCUUCCGUCCAGAGCCCAGUGUGUGGGGUCCACACCGAGUCCAGCAUGUGGGCCCGCCCUGCUGUCUCGUCCCGCCCAUCCCGCCCCGCCCGGCUGUCUGAUUGGCCCUCCAGUGUCCCCUGGGGCCAGCUCGUGAAGGCUUGUCUUCUGUGAGUCCCAAGAGGAGCCUGCCCGGCCGCCUCCUGUCCACCUCCUGUCCCCAGCUCCUUCCCGCAGCCCCUCGGCCACCGCCCACCCCCGAGGGAAACGGAGGUCACCGAGCAUCGGAGUCAGCAGUCAACCAGGCGUACUCCUACUUGGUGCAGAAAACGAGAAGAUGGCCACCGCUGUCCACGGCCACGCCUGAGUCCGUGAUCCCACUAGGAGCAAGCGGGAGAGAGCGCGCGUUCCUCUUCAUCCUCUCGCGAGACCCAGGCAGCCACCUCCAGCAUCCCCAAUUCCUGGUGUCCGUGGACGGGAGAUAGGGAGUCUCCGGACCGGGAAGGAAAGGACACUGCAAGGCCCCAGGGGCAGGAGCGGUGCUGGGGUCGGGUGCUUGGGGUUCUGGAAAUGAGGACCGCACCGGGGCCGACGGCACUCCCCGCACCCUGCCCUGCGGAGAGCAGGUGGAGAGGAAGCGGGAUGCUCAGGCCAGCAUCGAGCUGCAGGGCUGCCCCCAAGCCAGAAGGUGCAGUGUGCAGCCCACAGGCCGGGGCCUGGGACCCCGUGGCUCUGGGCAGGCUCCUAAGUGGCGAUCCAGGACCCCGGGGGCAGUCCCAAGCCUGGCGGACCUCACCGCCCCCAGUCCAGAUGUUCCCAGUGUGAUUUCAGAGCCCGCAUCAUGCAUGUGAACACAUCUUCCCUAUCAUGGGUCAGGGUAGGUUUCAUUCCUUCCAGCGUAGGGCACCACAGGAGCCGCGGCAGCGCUGUGGGUUUGAUGCGCGCCGAGGCUGAAGUGGUGUGCCCGUGUCCGUGCCUGUGCUUGCUUUCCUAACUCCAUACUACCUGUGUCUAGAGAAGGAAGAACGGUGCUUGAGAACUUGCUUCCCGGCUGCUGGGCGGGGGCGGGGGGGGGACGGGGAUGCGGGGCGCUGGGAAUCCCGCUGCGGAGCCGCUGCAGUGGACGCUGCGUGCUCAGCUCUUGUGCCUCCUGUCCACGCCGCUAGCGGGACAAUUCCACGGUUAGCAGUGGCCCUGUCUCGUGAAGGGGCGCAGGGGCCUCCCCUGACCUCUCGUGACGGCCGUGCAGAGCGUGCGUGGAGGGUUCACCCAGCAACCAAGUCACCUUCGUUAGUGCAAGCGUGUCUCCGCAAGCUGUGGUUCGUGCAAGUG